AUGUCUAACAUAGUUGUUUUAGGAGGAGGUAUUUCAGGACUAGCCGCGACCUACUACCUCUCUAGCCUGCUGCCAGCCACGACAAUUACCCUGGUAGAGCAAUCUUCACGUUGGGGCGGAUGGAUUGAGUCCAUAAAGCGUCCAAACCCACAAACUAACACUCAAAUCCUAUUCGAACGUGGUCCACGAACACUACGGCCAUCCGGACUCCCUGGCGCUAUAACUCUAGACCUUGUUCACAAAAUCGGCCUCGAACGCAACAUCCUCAAAGUCCCCAAAACAUCACCCGCAGCACGAAACCGUUUCCUAUACUAUAAAUCCCAGAUCAACGCCCUCCCACACUCGCUAUCCUCUCUCAUCACAUCGAAUGCACCCGCAACGAAAGGCAUAAUCGCUUCGGGCAUAUCCGAGCCAUUUAGACGUAAGGCACACGUACAUGAUGAAACAAUCCACUCCUUCAUAUCACGCCGGUUUGGAAACCACGUCGCAGAUACGCUUAUAUCGUCUGUUGUGCAGGGGAUUUGGGCCGGAGAUGCUAAGAACUUGAGUGUUAAAUCCACAUUCACGUCACUAUGGGACGCGGAACGCAAGUUUGGAUCUGUUGUGUUGGGGAUGCUGCUGAACAAGCCGCCGAAAGUGGAUUUGCGAGAGUUGUGUGGUGGUGAUGAAGAUGAGAUGCGGUUUAUUACGGAUGUGCAGGAGACGUGUAGCGUGUAUUCGUUCAAGGAUGGUAUGCAGGAGAUACCUGAUGCGCUUGUGGGUGUGCUGAGUAAGAGGAAGAAUGUGGAGAUGAAGUUGGGUGUUGGGUGUCAGGAGUUACGUGUUAAGGGUGAUUCGAUUGAGGUAAAGCUGUCAGACUCAACACACAAAUCCGCAUCGCACAUAAUAUCAUCCAUCCCAAUCCCAUCCCUAUCACGGAUCCUCCCACAAUCCAUCCCCAAAACAGAUCUAUCCGCAAUCCCAUAUGUGGAUGUAUGCGUCAUAAAUCUCGCAUACGCAUCACCAAACAUUUUACCCAUUGACGGAUUCGGGUACCUGAUACCACCAUCUGAGAACGAGUCGAUUCUAGGUGUUGUGUUUGAUUCGUGUGCUUUGCCGCAACAGGAUCAAGUACCGAUGACGCGGGUGACGGUUAUGAUGGGUGGACAUGCGUUUAAGGCCAAGUUUGGGGAGGUGGAUGAUGUGUCGAAUGAGAGGUUGUUGCAGGUUGCGUUGGAGGCGUUGAGUAGACAUUUGGGGAUUAAAGAAGAGCCUAUAGAUGUGGUUGUUGGUGUGCAGAGACAGUGUAUUCCGCAGUAUGUGUUGGGGCAUGCAGAUCGGAUGGGAAAUAUUAGAAAGGCUUUGGAUGAAUGGAGUGGGAAUAGAAUAUCCUUUAUUGGUGCUGCCGAUGGUGGAGUCGGCCUGAACGACUGCAUUAAGUCGGCUAGAGAUACAGUCAUGACAAAAUUCAAACAGUAG